GUUGUGUUCCAGUGCGGAUUGAGAGCAGUGUGUUGGCCGAGAUGAGCGGCGACGGCGACUUCCAUGCGGCCGCCGCGCGGGUGCUGAACGCGCAAACCACACACAAGCAUCUCCUGGCGAGACACGACAUGCAGCUCUAUGGUCUCCAUCAACAAGCUCAACAUGGGGACAUCUCGACGGAACGACCUCGUUGUCCCAUCAACUACGACGGCAAAGCGAAAUGGGACGCAUGGAACGAUCGACGUGGGAUGUCGGACGCGGCAGCCAAAGCGGCGUAUGUGCAGCUCGUCCACUCGAUCUUACCCGAAGUCGCGGCACCUUCGACCUCUACUGCAUCUGGUAGCUCGGACCGACCGAGUACAACUCGCCGCAUGAGGCGGUACAAGCCCCAGGCGGCAGGCCACGCUUCUCUCCCGCGUCUCGCGAGCCUCAUGCUUGGUUCCAUCGCGGUCUUGCUGCUCUCCACGGCCGCGAUCAUCGCACUCAGUCGAUGGAUCACGAACGCAUGUCGUCCGCUGUCGUCCUCCGUGUGCCACGUCUGGCUGUCGUCCCAUUCAGUUCGGGUGGCGAUGGGAUGGGUGUCGAUUGGGAUUGCGUUUGGCACGUUGCUGCAAACCAACUUGCUUCGAUCGAACAUUCUGUCCGUGCUGUACUACGUGAACCUCCCCAUCUCCUCGUCGUCGUCCUCGUCCCAGCACCCGCCGCCAUCUCCCGAGCUCGACUUGCUUGCAUCGCUGGGCCUCGUUCUCGGCAGAGUCGGCACCGCGACCGCCGACCACCCUGUGAUGGUGUUCAAGCCUCAUCAGGGGUCUGUCGUCCUCGGAUCUGCCCGCGCCAUCAUGGAACACCCCAUCGAAAUCACAGCCGACAUGCACUUUCGACGCUUUCGAGAGCCGUUUCCAGAUCCAGCCCAGCCAGGAUUGAUGGGAAUUGAGUUGGUGGAGGAAGUGCCGCUGCCGCAGUGGCAGUGCGUGUAUCGGAAGCGGAAGCUCCAGCUCAAGAACAACACGCCAGGGUUUAUCAGACGCUUUGCGAACGCCGAGUACUUUGACGUGAUCGAGGAAAGCUUGUGGGACAAAGCCAACCAAGUGCUGUACGUGGUUGGGCGAAACCAGAGUUUUGCCCACUUGGUGCUCAUCGAGGACUUUUUGCUGUUUCGCCGCCACGACGACCACGACCAUUGGAGUCAAGUGACCCAGACCGGGGCGUGUACCGUGGGCGGGUCAUUUGGGUUCCUCCGGGGCACCGUGGAAGGCUUUGUGCGGGAAAGCUACGGCAAGUCAGUGAAAAAGGCUCAGGAGCACCUCGUCGAUAGACUGGACGAAGAGUGCGGCGCGCGUACUAGUAGUAUGAGUACGACGUGAUGGGGGGGUCAUUGCAAACGAUAUAUAUGACCGAGUGUUAAGGACUGUUUUGUUUUA